AUCUUUGUUGGUUUUCUUUAAUAAAUUUGGUGAUUUUUGACUUGGUUUCGGUUAAAAGACGCUCCGAUUAAACAGGACCUGUUCGGCAUCUGCAGUGUGAUAAAAGUGAUCGUAUUCAAUCGUUAUGGAUGCAGCAGUUUCAUCCAGUACCGAUAGAAGCCUCCAGCAGAACCCGGCUGUUCGGCGCCGGCAGAUGCGACAAAAAGUGUUGAACCGAAUCCGGAAGGUCAAUAUCAAGAAUAAGGGUGCCAAGAGUUUCUACUACUUCACCUAUGAAACAGUGGAUACCAAGAGCAAAGACAGCUCGGCCGCGUCGACGUAUUUCUUCAACGGAGAACCAUGCGAAGGAGAUGAGCAGUUCCUAAAGCAAAUGAAACGCAGCGUAUUUGUAAGCAACAUUGCAGCUGGGACGAGAAAAUCCGAAAUCAAGGAGCUAUUUGACCGUUAUGGUAAGAUUGAGAGCAUUCAACUGAGGGCCCGAAACGGUGAGACUAUUGUCGGGCGACAGCACAUCUCUCCCUACAGUCCAAUUAUCGGUAUGGUGAAAUUCAGCAAGAAGGAGGAAGCCGAAAAGGCUUGCGAAUUGAAAGAUGGAAAAUUCCAGGCCAAAUUGGUCGAUCAGAACUUCCAGUAUGAAAAAGAGAACUGCAUUCGUGUCGAUAACAUUGAUCCUAAGAUUUCGAAGACAGAGUUACGAGGGUACUAUAACACUUUCGGAACCAUUCUCAAUAUCUCAUUGGAAACAAACGAUGGCUCUCUGAUACUCACGGACAAGGAAUAUCAAAAACAGAGUUUUGUUUGCUGCUACAUUCGAUUCAGCCGCAGGAGUGAAGCAAAGACUGCUCGAGAGAUGCAUGAGUAUAUUUUCCGGGAUAGGAAGCUCAGGGUGGAGUUGGCCUAUCAGAAGCAUUGUGAUCCCAACAAAUUAAGCAACAAUGUUUUGCGAAUGUUUUUCCAAAAUGUCGGCGAUGUGAUUGCACUGGACCAGAUUCCUCACCAGCACAUGGGAUACGUGUGCUACAAGCAUCCCCUGCCACCGGAAACAAUCAAAAGACUGAAUCAGCGUAUCUAUCGCAGCAAGAGAAUUCAUUUCGAAAAGCUGGACAUCGGUAAUCUGGUCAAGAAGCAGAACAAAUCUGGAGGAGAAUCCAUGGACGUUGCAACCACCAGUGGUCAGGAUAGAGUGCUGGUUGCUACGAGUACGUUGGCUGCAUCUGCGGCAUCAGCGGUAGCAGCACCGACAGCGAAAAAGGCAAAAAUGAAGACAAUACAGAAGAAAGCCGUUAAUCCCGGAGGAACGGCCACAUCCACCGGAGGUGUAGUGAAGAAAAAGAUGCCUCGGAAAAACGCGGCAACUGGUACAAAGGCCAAAGCGGCCGACAAGGCCGCCAAAGCUGUGAAAGAAGACAUGUCAUAGAAGGUAGAAGGUACAUUUCAAUUAUUUAACUUUGCUAUAAUUUAAUAAUACACAGCGUUAAGUGUACUAGAGUGUAUUUUUAACGAUGACGAACUUUUCUGAUACUGAAUGAUGUUAUUUUCAAUAACAUAAGAAUGCCUCAUACACACACUCACACACUUUUCUGUACUUUCAUUCUGGCUUCGAAAUAUCCGUCCUUCUAUCAAUUACGCUGUGCCUUUGAGCGUCUGAUUUGUAUCUUAAUGUAGUACCGUGAGUCCUGAUG